CCAGGCCAGGUGUGCGCGUCCGUCGGUCCUUCCGUGCCCGCGCCGGAGACCAGCUCCCGGAGGCCGCUUGGGCCCGUCCCUGUGCCCGGCACCAUGAAGCAGGAGUCCGCAGCCCAGACCACUCUGUCCCCCUCGCCGUCCCCUGCACCAUCCCCGCAGCGACCCCGGGAGGAUGGCGACCCCCAAUCCCUGUGGAUUUUCGGGUACGGCUCCCUGGUGUGGAGGCCCGACUUCUCCUACAGUGACAGCCGUGUGGGCUUCGUACGCGGCUACAGCCGCCGGUUCUGGCAGGGAGACACCUUCCACCGGGGCAGCGAAAAGAUGCCUGGCCGUGUGGUGACCCUCCUUGAAGAUAGAGAGGGCUGCACUUGGGGUGUGGCAUACCAGGUACAAGGAGAGCAAGUGAGUGAGGCCCUGAAGUACCUGAAUGUGCGGGAGGCAGUGCUUGGCGGCUAUGACACCAAAGAGGUCACCUUCUAUCCUCAAGAUACACCGGACCAACCACUCACGGCAUUGGCCUAUGUGGCCACCCCACAGAACCCUGGCUACCUGGGCCCUGCUUCAGAGGAGGCCAUUGCUACACAGAUCCUGGGUAGCCAAGGCUUCUCUGGCCACAACCUCGAGUACUUGUUGCGUUUGGCGGACUUCAUGCAGCUCUGUGGGCCUCAGGCACAGGACGAGCAUCUGGAGGCCAUUGUGGACGCUGUGGGCUCUUACCUCACUAAGCAGGCUGUGGCAUUGGUCUAAGGAGCUGAACCCAUGUGGACAUCAGGACCAGAUGCCCACCCAGUGCUUAAGACAGACUUGACAGAGCUAAAGCACUCUGAGAGGGCAUGGAGGGGGGUCCACCUCUUCUGCUUGACUGACACUGACUUACUACUUGAAACCUUAUU